CAAGGCUUUCCCCCUCUGCUUUGCGAACAAUAACCUUUCCAUUUUCUGCAUCUCAUAACCUACUCUUUCCUCCAUCUGGGAUUUGGUCUACCUUUCUUUUCAACGUUUGGCAGAUGUGGACAUGGAUCGUAUCUGGGUUUAUUAAGAAGUCGUUGACGGGGUCUCUCUCGAAUAUGAGUUUCCCCGCAAGAGCUCUCACUUUGGCGGGGCAACUUUCCCGUGCACCUCGGCGCUCAGCCUGGUGAUGCUUAGCCUGGUGACCACUUUCCCUCUUCAUUCACUGAAAGGGGAAGUUUAAACACACACCGGCGGAUUUGGUCUCGCAUUCAAUAGCCUACACACGGUUUUAUAAAAAACAAAAAGGAGUAAAUUAAAAUGCAGAAGAGUGUCAGGUUUAAUGAGGGACACGCUCUGUUCCUCUCAGUCGUUGCGCGUAAGGAGGGUACCAAGCGCGGUUAUUUGAGCAAGAAGACCACGGAGAACAGCAGGUGGCACGAGAAGUUCUUUGCGCUGUACCAAAACGUGUUUUUUUACUUUGAAAACGAGCAGAGUGUACGCCCUGCCGGGAUUUACCUCUUGGAGGGCUGCACCUGUGAGAGUGUGCCUGUUCCGAAGGUCUCCACUGCGGGAAAGGAGACCCUCGACAAACAGCACUACUUCCUGAUCGUGUUUGGCCAUGAUGGACAGAAGCCUCUGGAGCUACGGACUGAGGAGGAGAAUGAAUGUGAUGAAUGGGUGGAGGCCAUCCAACAGGCCAGCUACUCUGACAUCAUCAUCGAGCGUGAGGUCUUGAUGCAAAAGUACAUCCACCUGGUCCAGAUUGUGGAGACAGAGAAGGUGGCAGCCAACCAACUACGUACUCAAUUGGAGGAUCAGGAUACAGAGAUAGAGAGGCUCAAAGGAGAGAUCGUUGCCCUGAACAAAACCAAUGAGAGAAUGUGGCCUUACCAUGUAAACCAAGAGGAUGAAGACCCAGACAUAAAAAAGAUUAAGAAGGUGCAAAGCUUUAUGCGUGGCUGGCUGUGCCGUAGGAAGUGGAAGCUGAUAGUUCAGGACUACAUCUGUUCUCCCCAUGCUGAGAGCAUGAGGAAGAGGAACCAGAUCGUCUUUAACAUGGUGGAGGCCGAGACAGAGUAUGUCCACCAGCUGUCUAUCCUGGUUAACUGUUUCCUGAGACCUCUCCGCAUGGCCGCCAGCUCCAAGAAACCUCCAAUCAGUCACGAUGAUGUCAGCAGUGUGUUCCUCAACAGUGAGACCAUCAUGUUUCUACAUGAGAUAUUCCACCAAGGUCUCAAAGCCCGGAUAGCGAACUGGCCUACACUGGUAUUGGCGGACCUGUUUGACAUCCUGCUGCCUAUGCUGAACAUCUACCAGGAGUUUGUGAGGAACCACCAGUACAGCCUGCAAGUGCUGGCCAACUGCAAGCAGAACCGAGACUUCGAUAAGCUGUUGAAGCAGUAUGAGGCUAAUGCUGCCUGUGAGGGCAGGAUGCUGGAGACCUUCCUCACAUACCCCAUGUUCCAGAUUCCUCGGUACAUCAUCACUCUGCAUGAGCUGCUGGCGCACACUCCGCACGAACACGUAGAGCGCAAGAGCCUGGAGUUUGCCAAGUCCAAACUAGAGGAGCUGUCAAGGGUGAUGCAUGAUGAGGUGAGUGAUACAGAGAACAUCCGUAAGAACCUGGCCAUCGAGAGGAUGAUUGUAGAGGGAUGUGAUAUACUACUGGACACCAGUCAGACCUUCGUCAGACAGGGUUCUCUGAUUCAGCUGCCGUCGGUGGAGAGGGGGAAGCUCAGUAAGGUGCGUCUGGGCUCUCUGUCUCUGAAGAAGGAAGGAGAGAGACAGUGCUUCCUGUUUACAAAACACUUUCUGAUCUGCACACGCAGCUCAGGAGGCAAGCUGCACCUGCUCAAGCAAGGUGGAGUCCUAUCUCUGAUAGAAUGUACCCUCAUAGAAGAAACAGAGACCAGCGACGACGACUCGAAGUCCAGUGGUGGUCAGGUAUUCGGUCAGUUGGACUUUAAGCUGAUCAUCGAGCCGUCUGACUCACCCUCCUUCACUGUAGUCUUGUUGGCUCCCUCACGACAGGAGAAAGCUGCCUGGACCAGCGACAUCAGCCAGUGUAUCGAUAAUAUCCGCUGUAAUGGUUUGAUGACUAGUGUAUUCGAGGAGAACUCCAAAGUCACCGUGCCUCACAUGAUCAAAUCUGAUAUGCGCCUCCAUAAAGAUGAUGUUGACAUUUGCUUCAGCAAGACACUCAACUCCUGCAAGGUCCCACAGAUUCGCUACGCCAGCGUGGAGCGGCUGCUGGAAAGGCUGACGGACUUGCGCUUCCUCUCCAUCGACUUCCUCAACACCUUCCUCCACACCUACCGUAUCUUCACUACUGCUGCCGUGGUCAUGGAUAAACUGGCUGACAUCUACAAGAAACCUUUCACCUCUAUACCUGUCAGGUCUUUGGAAUUGUUCUUUGCCACCAACCAGAACAACCGAAGUGGUGAUCACAUCAAUGACAAGUCCCCCCGUCUCUGCCGCAAGUUCUCCGGUCCUCUCUCCAUCUCCUCCCGCACCUCCUCUCCUGUCCGCACACGCAAACUCUCUCUGCAUUCCCCCAUCAGUGCCAGGGUGGGGGGGCUGGACCUUACUAAUAUUAACUCUAUCCCCUCCUCCUUCUCUCAGUCUGCUGUCAGUAGUCCAUCCUCAGCCCAAACCCCUACAUUCCACACCCCCUCCCCCCAGACCCCCACUACCACUUCCCCCCCUCCCACCUCCUCCUCGCCCCCUCCAGGUGGCAACAACACCCCCCAAGACCAGGCCCCCCUCCCCCCCUGUCUACCUCUGUCCUACCCCGAACAGAGUCCCUCCCCCACUACAGAAGGGCAGGAGCUGCCUCGUGUUGACGCCUUCUGUGGAAAAAUGAGACGCAGCAUCCGCAGAGCUGUCUUGGAGUCUGUCUCAAUGGACAAGUUCAUCCCUGAGUCGCCUCAGAACAGCGAAUCAGGAGAAGUCUCUCCCUGCCGCUCCCCCUCCACCCCACGACACUUCCGCUACAGGCAACCUGGAGUUCAAUCAGGGGAGAACUCUCGUUGUUCUGUUUCUCCUGCCUCAGCCUUUGCUAUUGCUACAGCUGCAGCAGGACAUGGCUCUCCCCCAGUGUUUAAUAACUCAGAGAGGACAUGUGAUAAGGAGUUUAUCAUCAGAAGAGCUGCUACUAACAGAGUCCUCAACGUACUUCGACACUGGGUCUCAAAACACUCCCAGGACUUUGAGAUGAACAGUGAGUUGAAGAUGGGAGUGAUCUGUCUACUAGAGGAGAUACUCAGAGAUCCAGACCUAUUGCCACAGGAGAGAAAAGCUACUGCUAAUAUACUAAGUACCCUUUCUCUGGAUGAGCAGGAAGCAGAUGCCCAGCUGAGGAUAGAAGACAUCCUUCAGAUGGUGGAGUGUCCUAGGUCAGAGUGUUUUGAGUCUCUGUCUGCCAUGGAGCUGGCUGAACAGAUCACACUACUGGACCACAUCGUCUUCAGGAGUAUCCCCUAUGAGGAGUUCCUGGGGCAGGGCUGGAUGAAGGUGGAUAAGUCUGAGAGGACUCCCUACAUCAUGAAGACCAGCCAGCACUUCAAUGAUAUGAGCAACCUGGUGGCGUCUCAAAUCAUGACCCAUACAGACGUGGGCUCCAGGGCCAACUCUAUUGAAAAAUGGGUGGCUGUGGCCGACAUCUGCCGCUGCCUCAACAACUACAAUGGAGUCUUAGAGAUCACCUCAGCUCUGAACCGCAGCGCCAUCUACAGGUUGAAGAAGACAUGGGCCAAAGUCUGCAAACAGACUAAAGCCCUGAUGGACAAGCUGCAGAAGACUGUGUCGUCUGAAGGGAGAUUCAAAAACCUGAGGGAAACCCUGAAAAAUUGUAACCCUCCCAGUGUGCCCUACCUGGGUAUGUACCUGACUGACCUAGCCUUUAUCGAGGAAGGAACACCUAACUUCACUGAGGAGGGCUUGGUCAACUUCUCCAAGAUGAGGAUGAUCUCCCACAUCAUCCGAGAGAUCCGCCAGUUCCAGCAGACACCCUACAGGAUAGAACACCAGCCUAAGGUGACUCAGUACCUGUUGGACAAGACUCUGAUCAUGGAUGAGGACACUCUCUAUGACCUCUCUCUUAAGAUAGAGCCCCGCCUACCGGCCUGAGGGACAGUCACUGCGAGCAACGGGACCCUGGCAACCCUGUCCCUCUAUGUGGGCAACACGCCUGCUUACCUGGGAUAAUGAAUGAGAGAGUGGAUUAUUGAAGAGACAGAGAGAAAAAGUGAGCGAGAGAGAGAGAAUUGAGAGGGAACGUAGGGAGAAAAUCCUUGUUGUUUUUAGACGAUGAUGGGGUGAUCUUUUGAAUGUGUUUUCUGCGAGGAAGGGUAAACAGGAAGUGAGGUGUCAUUGUGUGACCUCAUCAUCCCUCUCCCAGGGCGUGACAUCAUUGAUGUGAAACAUGGUUCUUCUGCCAGCAGAUCAAAUCAGAGUUGGUGGAGAUUGAUCAAUCUUUGGGAAAAUCUCAAAUGGCACCCUGUUCCCCAUGUAGGACUGCACUAAUUUAGGGAAUAGGUUGCCAUUGAGACACUUUUUUGUCUUUGAACAUUUUUAAAAGGUAGACGUAAGGAGAUGAAAUGUAGCAUGUAUAGCUCUAAGAGUCUGGACUUGUGUAUGUUACUCUGUGCUGCUUUACUGUGCCAUGUCCUUGAGCUGAAGCACCCAUGCUUUCACACCAAAUGGUGAUCACUUGACUUUGCAUGAUCCUAACUGGGGUUUUAGUGUUUAUUUGGCCUUGGUCCUGACCCCUGCAUGUUAACAUGCUUCACUCUCUUUGGUCUCUGAAGACUACACAACCACUAUGCAUCCCCAUCCACCAAUCAUAAAUCACUUUAUUAGGAGGGUCGGACGGAAUCUAUGAGGGUAGAGUUUCAAACACACCUGCCGGAAUUAACUCAUACAUUACUACUACUACACAUACUAAAUGUAACGAUAGUGGUAAAUAGAAAAUCCUUUUAAGAUUCAGUCUGACUGUGGUAAUGAGUGCUUCAAAAUGAAUUUCGAUUUAGAAACUGGGCGGCAGGUACUGUAGCCAACUGGGUGGCAGGUAGCCUAGCGGUUAGUGCUUUGUGCCAGUAACUGAAAGGUCGCUUGUUAGAAUACCUUAGCCAACAAUCUGUUGAUGUUCCCUUGAGCAAGACACUUAACCCUAAUUUGCUCCAGGUGCGCCGUACUACUAUGGCUGACCUUGUAAAACAACACAUUUCACUGCACCGAACAGGUGUAUGUGACAAUAAAGUAAAUAAAUUAAAAAAGCUUCAUUUGUUAUAGUUUACCAUUUAUGUGCAUCGUGUUGUUGAAAUUGCUCUUCAUAAAUACUGAAAUAUUAAUCUACAAACUGGUGACCGGUAUCUGAAAGAAUAAUCUGGUACUCCACAUUCAGGCAAAUGUUUUGAUGUCUAAUAUCUUGUAAGCUAGAAUUACGUAGAACUACAUAUAAUUGAAUAGGAUCUCUUUGGGAUCAAGAAUAUACAAUUGAGAUUCAGCCAUAUAAAACUAUUGUACUGCCAUGGAGUGAGGGUGGUUAAAGAGAAGUGACUUUAUGUCCCUCUAGUGGCCCCAACAUUCCCAUGCUUUAUCUGACAACAACACUUGUAGCACGUUCAGCAGGGCCUGUUCACAGCUUUACAAUAACCACUCCUUAUGCAGUUUGAUGAGCAUGUGGUCCUGUUGCAGUUUGCUCCUAAUUGAAAAAUGAAAACCCAGCAAACAAAUGUUGGUUCCCAGAACGAUGUGGGAAAGUCAUUUUUCAAAUAACCAAAGGAACACUAUGGGGACAUUAUGAGCUAGCUGGGAAUCCUUUGUUGUCCUCACAAAUUUAAUUUAGUCUUCAGCUUCAUUGGCUUUACAUGGUCACUUGAGUGUUCUAGUCUAGUCUGUAUGAGUCUGACAGUAGCUGUCUGCAUGAAGCGAUAGAGGUUGCUUUAGAGGUUACAUACAGUUAAUAUAGCUCUUGAGUUCCGAUCAUGGAAUUCCGAACUCAUCAGUACAUCUUUACUUGGAUUAAAACAUAUAUAUUUUACAUUUUAGUCAUUUAGCAGAUGCUCUCAUCCAGAGCAACUUACAUUAGUGCAUUCAUCCCAUACAUCUUUUUUCUCAAUAUAUUUAACUUAGAUGUACAUACAUUUACAUCUUUGUUAAAAUGCAUGUAAUGCCUUAACAUUUAUUCCAGAGAUGCAUGUACAUGCAUUUGCAUCUUUGUUAAAGUGCAUGUAAUGCCUGACAAUUCCAGAAAUGCAUGACUAUGACAUCUAGUCAACAGGGUGGCCAAAGUUGUUCCUAAUUCGGCAUAUGACAUAGUUUGUCCCUUCAGACGAUUCUUAAAUUACUCAAUGGAGAAUUUGCCACCAAACCAAAACUUUGGCACUAGCUAGGUUUCAAUCCAAUUGGCAACAGAUUUCCAUGUGAAUAUUAUAAAAUCGACGUAAAGAAAAUAUGUGCAUUUUCCCACCAGCGGUGUGUUUCCACCAAACAGACUUGUGGCGUAUAAAAAUCAGUGAAUGAUGACGUAGUGCACACAAAAUGUACUUUUUCGCUUAAGUUUACAUGUACCGAAUAAAAAUCUACAGUUCAACGUGUUUCCAUUGCAUUUUCAACUCUACCAAUAGUUUCCUCACAAAAGUUGUGUGCCUACUUUGGUCUUGGCACAUGCACUCUAGCCAACAGUUCGUAGAUACAGUGCGGGUAGGCUAGUCUACAUGAUGAGAUUAUUAUGGAUAAGAGCGAGAAUAUUUGUAUUUGUCAAACGGCAGUCAAGCAUCGAUCAUCAUGUCACCUGAAGACCCUCAAUAUUUAUUGGAAAGGAACAUCAAGAUUACUGUCACCACCCUGUGAAGAUCAUCAUAAAUGAUUUCAUCUGUAGCCUUAUAAACUGCAUGCUUUCCCGAGUCGUAGUGGGAGGACCACACACCAUACUAUUGCGUGACUCCAAGUUUACUUCAAUUUGAUUGUUAUUAUAUAUCAAUAUUUGCGCAUAAAGGCAGUUCCACUGCCAUGUCACACAUAAAUAAUUUUACAGACACAAAAAUAUCCCACCAACGAACACAUUUUCUGUCAGCAUUUAUAAAACUGAACCGAAACUUCCUGUUUCCAUCACCGCUGUCUUGAUUUUUUUUAUAUACGGUAUGACUAUACUCGUAUAAAAACUGUGGAUGCGAAUGUGGUUAGUGAUGUCAUUUAAAUUAUGGUUAAAAAAACAACAUUUGAUUUCACCCCAAAAAAUUCUGUCAUAAAGGGCACAUGUUCAACUUCAUAAAAAAAAAGACUAUAUAGUCGUGCCUCUCUUCAGCUUGAAAAGAAAUCACUACCUGACCGAUAAUGUAACAUUUUUGUUGUAAUUUUUGUGGUAAUUUAAAUGCAUUUUUGUGCUUUUAAUAUGUGUCAAGUACAAUAAAAAUACAUUCUGACAAAA